GGGCGGCCCGCGGCGCUCGCUCAGCCCUAGGCCCGCUCGCCCAUGGCCCUGGCGCUGUGGCCCUGGAGCCCAGCCCCGCUCCCAGGCGCCACCGCUCGCCUCUGGCCGCCCAGCCUGCCAGCCACGCGCGAUGCUGAACGGCACCGGCCUGGACCAGGCUUUUAAGAUGUCGUUGCCGCGGAGGGCGAGGAUCGGCGCGUCCGUGGGACCCGUUCGUUCUUCUGCGGGCUACAAGAAGGCAGAGGAUGAGAUGUCCCGGACCACGUCUGUUGGAGACCAGCUAGAGGCACCGGCCCGCAUAAUUUACCUCAACCAAUCUCAUCUCAACAAAUUCUGCGACAACCAGAUCAGUACGGCCAAGUACAGCGUGUUGACAUUUCUACCUCGAUUCUUGUAUGAGCAGAUUAGGAGAGCUGCUAAUGCCUUCUUCCUAUUUAUUGCCUUACUGCAGCAAAUUCCAGACGUAUCGCCAACAGGACGAUACACCACCCUGGUGCCAUUGAUCAUCAUUUUAACAAUUGCAGGCAUCAAAGAGAUUGUAGAAGAUUUUAAGCGACAUAAGGCAGAUAAUGCAGUUAACAAGAAGAAAACAAUAGUGUUAAGAAAUGGUAUGUGGCAUACUAUCAUAUGGAAAGAGGUGGCAGUGGGAGACAUCGUGAAGGUCCUCAAUGGGCAGUAUCUUCCAGCAGACAUGGUCCUGUUCUCCUCCAGUGAGCCUCAGGGGAUGUGCUAUGUUGAAACCGCUAACCUGGAUGGGGAGACGAACCUUAAAAUCCGACAGGGCUUGAGCCACACAGCCGACAUGCAGACGCGGGAAGUACUGAUGAAACUGUCGGGAAGGAUAGAGUGUGAAGGGCCCAAUCGCCACCUCUACGACUUCACUGGCAACUUGCACUUGGAUGGGAAGAGCUCUGUUGCCCUCGGGCCUGACCAGAUCUUACUGAGAGGUACCCAGCUCAGGAACACUCAGUGGGUCUUCGGCGUUGUUGUGUAUACCGGACAUGACACCAAACUCAUGCAGAAUUCAACAAAAGCACCUCUCAAGAGGUCCAACGUCGAGAAGGUAACCAACGUGCAGAUCCUGGUGCUGUUUGGCAUCCUCUUGGUCAUGGCACUGGUGAGCUCGGUGGGAGCCCUGUACUGGAACGGGUCUCAUGGUGGAAAGAGCUGGUACAUCAAGAAGAUGGACACGAGCUCAGAUAAUUUUGGCUACAACUUGCUGACAUUUAUCAUCUUGUACAACAAUCUGAUCCCCAUCAGUCUGCUGGUGACGCUUGAGGUUGUGAAGUACACGCAAGCUCUCUUCAUCAACUGGGACACAGAUAUGUAUUAUAUUGAAAAUGACACUCCUGCUAUGGCCAGGACAUCAAACCUUAAUGAAGAGCUCGGGCAGGUAAAAUACCUGUUUUCUGACAAGACCGGAACUCUUACGUGCAAUAUCAUGAACUUCAAGAAGUGUAGCAUUGCUGGCGUAACCUAUGGCCACUUCCCAGAACUAGCCAGAGAGCCAUCCUCAGAUGACUUCUGCCGGAUGACUUCUUGCCCCAGUGACUCAUGCGACUUUAAUGAUCCCAGGCUGUUAAAGAACAUUGAGGAUCAACAUCCCACAGCCCCUUGCAUACAAGAGUUCCUUACCCUGCUGGCUGUGUGUCACACCGUCGUCCCUGAGAAGGAUGGAGAUGAAAUCAUCUACCAGGCUUCCUCCCCAGAUGAAGCUGCUUUGGUCAAAGGAGCGAAGAAGCUUGGCUUCGUGUUUACGGGCAGGACGCCAUACUCAGUCAUCAUCGAAGCGAUGGGACAAGAACAGACAUUUGGAAUCCUCAAUGUUCUGGAGUUUUCUAGUGACAGAAAAAGGAUGUCUGUCAUUGUUCGAACCCCAUCAGGACAACUUCGACUCUACUGCAAGGGAGCUGAUAAUGUCAUCUUUGAGAGACUUUCAAAAGACUCCAAGUACAUGGAGGAGACCCUGUGCCACCUGGAAUAUUUUGCCACAGAAGGCCUGCGGACUCUGUGUGUGGCCUAUGCAGAUCUUUCUGAGAAUGAGUAUGAGGAGUGGCUGAAAGUCUAUCAAGAGGCCAGCAUCAUACUGAAGGACAGAGCCCAGAGGCUGGAACAGUGUUAUGAGAUCAUCGAGAAGAAUUUACUGUUACUUGGAGCUACAGCCAUCGAAGACCGUCUUCAAGCUGGGGUUCCAGAAACCAUAGCGACUCUGUUGAAGGCAGAAAUUAAAAUAUGGGUGUUAACAGGAGACAAGCAAGAGACUGCAAUCAAUAUCGGGUAUUCCUGUCGGUUGGUGUCCCAGAACAUGGCCCUAAUCCUGUUGAAGGAAGAUUCUUUAGAUGCAACACGGGCUGCCAUCACUCAGCACUGCACGGACCUUGGAAAUUUGCUGGGCAAAGAGAACGACGUGGCCCUCAUCAUCGAUGGCCACACCCUGAAGUAUGCGCUCUCCUUUGAAGUUCGCAGAAGUUUCCUGGACCUGGCCCUCUCAUGCAAAGCAGUCAUCUGCUGCAGAGUGUCCCCUCUGCAGAAGUCUGAGAUCGUGGAUGUUGUGAAGAAGCGGGUGAAAGCCAUCACUCUGGCCAUCGGGGACGGUGCCAAUGACGUGGGGAUGAUCCAGACAGCCCACGUAGGGGUCGGGAUCAGCGGGAACGAGGGCAUGCAGGCUACCAACAACUCAGAUUAUGCCAUUGCACAGUUUUCCUACUUGGAGAAGCUGCUUUUGGUUCAUGGAGCCUGGAGCUACAACCGGGUGACCAAGUGCAUCCUCUACUGUUUCUACAAGAAUGUGGUCCUCUACAUCAUUGAGCUUUGGUUCGCCUUUGUUAAUGGAUUUUCUGGGCAGAUUUUAUUUGAGCGCUGGUGCAUCGGCUUGUACAAUGUGAUCUUCACCGCCUUGCCGCCCUUCACUCUGGGAAUCUUUGAGAGGUCUUGCACUCAGGAGAGCAUGCUGAGGUUUCCACAGCUCUACAAAAUCACCCAGAAUGCAGAAGGCUUCAACACUAAAGUUUUCUGGGGUCACUGCAUCAAUGCCUUGGUCCACUCCCUCAUCCUCUUCUGGCUUCCCAUGAAAGUGCUGGAACACGAUACUCCACUGGCCAGUGGGCACGCCACAGACUACUUGUUUGUUGGAAAUAUUGUUUACACGUACGUUGUGGUAACAGUUUGUCUGAAAGCAGGUUUGGAGACAACAGCUUGGACUAAAUUCAGUCACCUGGCGGUGUGGGGAAGCAUGCUGAUCUGGCUGGUGUUUUUUGGUGUCUAUUCCACCAUCUGGCCGACCAUCCCCAUUGCUCCUGACAUGAAAGGGCAGGCAACUAUGGUCCUGAGCUCUGCAUACUUCUGGCUGGGAUUGUUCCUGGUUCCAACUGCCUGUUUGAUUGAAGAUGUGAUGUGGAGAGCGACCAAGCACACCUGCAAGAAGACGCUGCUGGAGGAGGUGCAGGAGCUGGAGACCAAGUCCCGAGUCCUGGGGAAAGCGAUGCUGAGAGACAGUAAUGGAAAGAGGAUGAACGAGCGUGACCGUCUGAUCAAGAGACUCAGCAAGAAGACACCCCCAACCCUCUUCCGAGCAGGCUCCAUCCAGCAGUGUGUCAGUCACGGGUAUGCCUUUUCUCAAGAAGAACACGGAGCUGUUACCCAGGAGGAAAUAGUUCGUGCUUAUGACACCACCAAAAAGAAGUCAAGGAAGAAAUAAGAGGCGAUUUUGCUCCAGGGAAAGAGAUUCAGUUUGUUGCACGCAGUGUUAACACAGUUUUGUCAGGAGAGACUGGCACCCGCAGCCCAACACCAGAAAACACAUUUCUGUGGCCUUAGCCGACCAGUUUGUUAGCAGCUGUCUGUCCCCUUGCAGUCCCAGGACACAGGCAUCAGGGGAAGCUAUUCUCCCAGCUUGUCUGCCGCGCUUGGCCCAACGUUUCCGUUGUUAUGAAGCAUUCAGCUGGGCUCUGUGAGGUGUGAAAUUAAAAACCAUGUUUCACCAGUGCUAAAACAUCAAUACUAGUGGUUCUGGGAGAGAGGAAAGGGGCAUUAUGUUACCAGAGACCAGUCCUGUGUAAUUGGAGCAGGGUCCACUUCCUGUUCGGUGCAUGCACAGAUCAUACGAACCUCGCUUUCUGCAGAUUGCUCACUCACUUGGAUUCCUGUUUCGUUUGUGUGAAGCUGGCGUAAACUUCUUGAUUGCGGUGAAAUCAGAAAAACUUACGGUUGAGGGACAAACUGGAGAACAUUUCCUUGGCUGUUUCAAGCCCCAGUCCCAGCAAGGCAAUCAGCCAGCGUUCCAUGCCUUCCGCGCCCAUUUCAGGUGCACGCCUCCGGUCUUACUGUUGCUACCCUGGGUUCUUGUCCUCAGACCUGUCCAGCUGGCCCCUGGGGGCGGUGCCUCACAGCUGGUAGCCACCCAUCCAGGUUCUGUGUGUCUUUGUUCCUCUAUACGUUCAGAUAUGGGUGUCAGAAUCUUUCUUCUCGCCCAGCCCCAUCCCACCCUGCCCUGCCCCCACUGCUGCCCGUUAGCUCCAUAACUGAAGAGAAGUGGCUGUCCCAUACCUGGCCUCAAUACUCAGCUGUCUUUUUUCUGAUGGGAUCCUGUGGGUGAGGGUGGCAGGCUCUGCAGACCACUCCUGAGCUGGGCCUCUGGCAGCCUCUCAGAAUCAGAGUCGGUCCCUGCUCCCUGGAUGCUCGAAGCACAUUUUAGACUUUCUCCAGUUUGGAAGUGAGUGUGUGAUGGUGUCUGUGCACUGAAGAGAAAAAAAAAAAAAACUGUCACUCUGAAAUUCUAGAGCCAGGGUGAGCUGGGGGCCGGGUAAGCACAGGGCAGAGAGUGAUGAGGAAGAGGAGCCCAGAUCUCCCUGGAAGUUGACAAAGGACACGAGACUCAGGAGGCAGACCCGGAGGACAUGGAAGUUCUCAAGUCCUACUCUUGAUAGACAGUUGUAGCGAUCAGCCCGUGUACACUAUAGCAGAAACCAGACCUUGCUCCUGCAGACAUUUUGUUUGGUUGAUUUUUCUUGAGACAAAGUCUUACACUGUAUGCCAAUCUAGCCUUGAACACACUUUGUUGUCCAGGCUAGCCUCAAACUUUCUGCAAUCCUCAGCCUCCAGCUUACUAGAAUUAUAGGUGUGAGUUACCCCAUUCAGCACCAUACACUUCUAAUGGAAACAAUUCCAAAUAUUUUCAAGAUCGUAACUGUUAAAAAUAUUAAUGUGGUCUCCUUUCUGUAUCCAGCAAGAUUUAGGCCCAAGGGCCUCUUUCUGAACAGUGGCUUGGGCUAUAAAAACAAGGAAGGAAAGUGUCAGUUCCCAGCUUUGUCCACUGAAGGCCCCUACUCUGAACUGGAACAGAAACUGGAUGCCCUAAACCUGCAUGUGAGAACUGGGGGCUCUCAGAGAAUGUGGGCCUCUCUCUUCCCUUUAUUUUGGCUGCCAAACCAGAAUUUUGGAUGGCUUAAAGUAAAUACCUCUGGGCACCUGUUACUAGGUAAAGUGGUACCAUACCACCAGGGAUGUGUGCUAGCUUCAGAAAGAAAGCAGCAUUUGGGCUGGCUGAGCGGUCCAAAGUGCUGCAUUUGGGAAGAAAAGAUGCUAUGCUUUGCUUCCUGAUCCUUUACUUUGGGAACAUCAGAGAUGGGUGGGCACCGAAGAAAAACCUUGGUGAUGAUUUGCAUUGAGUAAGAAAACUGAUUCUCACUUAGGAAGUGACUGGCAUGGUUUGAAGGGAGGCAGGAUGGUACAAUUAGCAAGAAUCUUGGAGGUGACCUCUCUGCUCCUUGAGGCGAGUGAAAAAUCUAGUGUGCCCAGCAAGCUGGAAUCCUGGCAGACUGUCCCAUGUGGGAGAAACAGCAGGAAGUGUGCCUCAGAUCAGUGGGGCCAGCCAUGGUGUCCAUCUUAUCCAGAGAGGUGGGGGCAGAACUGGGGAGAGAAGAGGAAAACCAACGGGAUGUGCCCUAGGCUCUCCAACUACAUCUCUCUCUCUCUCUCUCUCUCUCUCUCUCUCUCUCUCUCUCUCUCUCUCUCUCUCUCCCUCCCUCUCUCUCUCCUUCCUUCUUUAUCUUUCUUCUGUUUUUUUUCUCCUUUCUUUCUCUCAUUCUUUCUCUUUGUUUCUUUCAACUUUAAAGACUAGAUUGAUUUGAAGAGGGAAAAAUCCCACACCAAACCCUCAACCCUAAGGAUGGGAUUUUACAACUCAAGACAUCCCCCAAGUAAUGUCUACAGAUUACAAAUCAUUUUCCUAGAAAAUAUUUCUGCCCAAAUUUUGCAUGUAUUCAGGAAAGUAUAAGUUGGCCCCUGCUUUUAUUUUAACAGAGGAGCCAAGUAGGAGAGUGGGGCACAGCAGCUUUCCUUUAGAUGCAACUGUCUGGAAGAGAAAGAGACCUGAAGAGGGCAAAUGACCUCUUUGUUGUCUACAACCAACGGGUUUUUUUCUUUGUUUGUUUUGUUUUGUUGGGGUUUUUUGUUUUGUUUUGUUUUCAAGACAGGGUUUCUCUGUGUAGCUUUGGCACCUUUCCUGGAACUCACUCUGUAGAUCAGGCUGGCCUUGAACUCACAGAGAUGCACCUGCCUCUGCCUCCUGAGUGCUGGGAUUGAAGGAGUGCACCACCACCGCCUGGCCUCAACCAACGGUUUCUUAAAAACCCGGUCAUCUGUGGGUCUCUCUCUAAAAGCCCACUUCCUAGCUACCAGCCAGUCAAGCCCGCUGGAGCAGUCCUUGCUGUGCCCACUGCUGCAGCCCACUAAACCAACACUCCUGCACAGCCGACCUAGAGCGUGCACAUUACGACCAAGGUCUCAUUUGUCCGUAGUACCCUGACUUCCUGCAACAAGGAAACCUGCCAUCUUUGAAGCUGACCUCUACAAAGGGGCACAUCAAUGCAGACAGGCCAGGCUACUGUGUUGCGAGAGAAGCCAGGACCUUAUUCAACAGUUCUUUGCAUUAGCCUUUAUUCUUGAGGGAAGCUACGAAACCAACCCUCUUAAGUAGAAAACCUCACAGCAUGGGUCACAUUAUAAACCCAAGCACUAGCACGGGCUUCCGUGAAGGAAACCUACAGAAACCUGAAAACACCCCAUCAAGGCUGACAGCCUCCAACUCAACUCUCCUCAUUUACACACCCCCUAUUCACCACCCAAGUCUAUCGAUUGAAGUACUCUGCCUUCUAAGUGGGGGUGGGGGGAGAUGCGAAGCUUCAGGAACAACAAAGUCAUGGGGGCAGGAAUCAGAGACACCCCAGAGCCGGUUCACUUGAGAAAAACAGUGAUGCCUCAGGCCGCAGCUUCUGGUGGCCAAGACAAAAUGCCUGUGAGAUCAGGUGUGUGACUUACAGAGACUGCUUUGGGGAGGCUACCACUGUCAUUGAGACAGGAGAUGACCAGAGUGACAAGGUUUUGAAAGAAUGCGGACAUAUUUGAAAGUUUAGACAGGACAGUGUUUAGAAGGGGCAAAGUAGGAUCUGCAAGACUAGUUUAAUUUGCCCUUGAAUGCUCCAGGGUAGAUAGUGAGAUUAGAAGACAGCACAGGACAUGGAAAUCCACUCAGUGCGGUUGUCUCCCUCCUUCCCAUCUUUACCAUCCAUGGAGGGAGCAGCAUACUUGCUUGCAGAACUGAGCUUGGAGGCUGAAUUCUCCUCACUUUGGCUCAGGUGCAGCUCUAGCGUCUUGAUCCUUUUGCAAUCUUUCCUCAACCCCUUCCAGUGGUCUGUGUUCCCCCCAUCUCCAGGACCACAGCUGGGGUUCCCACUCUGGCCUUUUGGGACACUCAUCCCAUCUACUUUAUUUUCUUCUUUCCUUGCUGGUCCUUCCUCACAAGGCUGAGCCAGACAGAGCUGCUUCCCUCUGUCACUUGUCCGGGACUGCUGCUCUGUGUCUGACCUCUGAAAUGGAGUAGGAAGGUUCGAGUGUCGCUUUACCCACACAGGGGCUAGCAUGACCUUUAGAGGCCAAUCAAGUUCAGCUUUCGAGAUUGGAAAGUGACAGCCUUCUUUAUUAAGUGUUUCAUUUUUCUAGAGAUCUCUCUCUCUCUCUCUCUCUCUCUCUCUCUCUCUCUCUCUCUCUCUCUCUCUCUCUCUCAUGUAAUUCUGCCAGAUGUGACUGAGGCCCCGGUCUGUGAUGACUCACUUCCUGUCCUCGACCGUUCUGAGUUUCUUCCCUUGGCCCACUUGGUGUCUCCUCCAGGGUCAGCCAUCUAGUUUUGGUUCAUCCAGCUGACGGUGCAACUUCUCCUGCCACUUCCGUGGUCCCUCUUCAGCUUCUUUCUCUAGCAGCUGUGUCAACAGGCUUUGCCUCUCCAAAGAUAGAAGCUGCUCGACUGGACUGGGAGGAACUAGCAGAGGAAUCAUCUUCCUUGGGAAUACUCCAAGUUUUUCGAUUCCGUUUGGGGUUGUCGGGGGACAGACCUCCGUCAUCAUGCCUAUAAUUGUCCCAAGAGUAAUCAUCCCUGGAGCUCCAUGACUGACCGCCCUAUCUGUCAUACCUGUCUUCAUAGCGGUCCCUAUUUCCUCUGCAGUCACCAACCCUACAGUACCCACUACCAAAUGCUCUUCUGCCUAUCCUGGGGUCAUAGCCUUGGUCAUAGUCUCUGCUGCCCUGGUCAUCACAGCAUCCUGGCCCCCACAUCUCAGCAUGGGCUGUCCUGAUACCUGUCUGAAACCCAUCCUGAUACCGCUCUGAAUCUCAACACUUGUCUCCAAAGCUACCGUCACCUCUUCUGGAUGGUAGUCCUCAAAGCUGUCUGCAGCAGGAUGGGUCAUCUGGUCUGUGUCUGUUUUGUUAGAAUCUAAAUUUCUAUCUUGACCAAAAGAAUAAUCACCCCUGUCUGUAUCCAGUGCUUGAUCAGCAACUCAAAUUUCUCCUGUUACCUAGAGACUCAGCGCACCGAGCAGAGUAUGCAGGUCCUCAAAUUCUGCAUAGCCAAAACCGUUCAACCUGUCUGGAUUGCUGGGUUCACACAGCAAGUGGACUGCACUGAUAUCUCAUCCUCUAAAGAACUCCUUAGCAGAGUCUUCUGUCACAUCAUAGGGCAGGUUCCUUAGGAAAACGGUGUAGGGUGGCGAUUUGGGAAGACAGCUCUGGUGGGUAUUUGGUUCCUGAGCAGCCCAUGGAGCAGUAAAAAGGACAGAACAGUCAAUUAGAGGUGCCCUAUAAACACCGUCAUCAUUACUAUGCCGAGUUGUUGACACAUCUCUUUCCAGAUCAUCUGUUUCAUCAGCCCAGCUGACUGGUUUGGGGACCUAGGUGCUUCCUCCCGCCAUCCUUAACCAGAAAGUCUGUUAGGGAAAUGGUCUUCCCUUCUGAAUCAUCUGUUUUGCUGAGGCUGCCAUGUUGGGAGGGGAAGAGAGGAUGCCCAGGCCCCACUAGUCAUUUACAUCUGGGAACUAAACCCAUUUGGAAAGAUGGAAUUAAAAUCCAACUUUUUGUCAGAUACUUAGCCCACUCUUGAACUUGAAGGCUAUUAAAUCAGAUUAGUGAAUGAAAGUGUUUGUUUGGGGUUUUUUUGUUUGUUUGUUUUCUUGUCUUUGGACUUUACAGUACAGUGUGCAUUUUCCUGGAGCAUAUUUUCUUCUUUUGAGAAGUAGACUAAACAGUCUCCACAAUAAUGAGGUAUACAGGCAGGAGAAAACAUUUCUGGGAGAGAUGUUUUCUAUUUUUUUCUGUCUUGAUUAAGCUUUCCCCUAGCCAAAUGACUAAAUUGGGUUUCUAGGCAAAGCAGCUGUCAUGGUGUGUGAUGUAUACUAUUUAUGCAGGGCCCACUGGGGAGUCAUGUCAUUUGUCCUGUCUUUAAAUUGAGGUCAGAAUGUCUCACACACAACCCCUCCCUGGGGAACAGAGUGGACUGGACUAGGUUGCACACACUGGCUGUCAGCUCAGUGGAGAUGUCAUGUGGGACAUGUCACUCCCAUCACAUGGUUUGUGACUCUUGGGCUGGCAGGUCACAUGUGGUCAGCACUUCCAGGCCUGCCUCUGGAUUGAGCUAAGAUGGGUCUAGGGCUAAGGAUGCUCACAGAAGGUUCAUCUGUAUGACUGGAUCCUGUUCUUGAAACUGUAAACAGCACAGCCAGUAUCCUUUCUACUUAGUUCUGGGUUCUUCUACUCCCCUCACAUCCAUAGGGCUGACUGCCGUGUGGACAGCACACACUAUCAUUGGAGGCAAUACCCUGCUCAAGUCCACCAGGCAGUCUGGAAGUACUGCCUAGCUGGUCGGGGUCUACUUACUGUGUGAUAUUCCGGGAAGCAGAGCUGCUGUGUCUGCUCUGUCUCGGUGCAGAAUAUUCCAGAUUUCUAGAUCAGUAUUACUUUCCCCAGUUCCCAACACUCAUGCAAACACAAAAACAAAGACAUGAGAGGUGAGGUAUCUGACUGCUCUGGUGAAAGUGACGGUGAACCUGGGCUUCAGCAGAGCCCCUCUGGGCAUCUUCUUUCCUUUGACAAGCCUUCAAGUACGCACAGCGAAAAUCAAUACUGACUAAUCAAGAAGCAAUGAAUGGUUUUGUUGUUGUUUUGAGAUAAAUUCUUCUGUAGUCCAGGCUGGCUUUGAACUCACUAUGUAGCUGAAGCUACCCUUGAACAUCUGACCCUUUUUGCCUCCUGAAAAGCGUUUUAUUAUAUGUUUGUUGUGCUGUGCUGGGGAUGGAACUCAGGGCCUUGUGAAUGCUAGGCUAGUGUUUGCCAUUGAGCUAUGUAUGUUCCCAAUGAGGGAAUGUUUUUAUUUGUUUUGUUUUGUUUUAAACGAAACUAGAUAACAAGAGUCUGAAUAUGUAAAUGGAUAUAUAGGCUUUCAGGUCGAUUUUUUUUUUUAAAUAAAGAAAGCUAACAUCCAUAAUCUCUCAUUUGUUAUAGUAAUGAGCUUUUCUUUUGAAUCCUAAGGAAGAUAAUUUUCCAUCAGCUAUUUGUGUCUUGGGAUUUUGUCUUAAGCCAUAAGUCUAGAGUCUGCAGCAGCUCUGCUGUCAGAUGAGGCAGCCUUUGUUUGGAGCAUGUGAAAGGACUGCACAGUUCGGCCAGGGUUUGAAUUACUGCCCAGGGUCAUUGUCCCAAAGUCAUUCAAGGAGUGAUUUAGCCUCAGCAUCUGAAAUGUAGCCUUCAUCUCCUGGGGUCUUUAAAAACUGAACAGGGAAACUGACCAGACAGAUCUGAAGUGAUAACUUAAUAAAGAAAUAGGUUUAUCAGGUCAAAUCAAAAGAUGGCAUGCCAUCUGGUGUGACAGUGUACACCUGUGAUCCCAGCCCUCAGGAAGCUGACGAAUAAGAAUUAAAGAUCAGCCUGGGCUACAUAGGAAGUCCCUGUCUCAAAAAAAUAAACAGAACAGAUGUCAUCUUCUCUGCAUGAACAUGCUUCAAUCAACCAAUGUAACAACAAUGGGAAAGCUAAAAUAAAGGCCCCUCAAAAUAAGAAAGUGCACAUCAGUUGGCUGUGUGGGUGAUUCUGUGUUGGCUUCAAGGCUGUUGUCUGUGUCCGUACAGUAGGGGGAUAUUAACUCAGGCUAGCCUUAAUUGAAGGUCAUCAUGAAGGCUUUCCCAUGGGCAACAGAGGUAGAGGCCCAAGAUUCCCACAAUGGCACUAUUAUGUGUGCCUAAAAGAGUGAGACCAGCACUCAACAUGGUGUAGGGUACCCUUGGUUCGUGCACGUUUUUUCUCAGCAUCCAUGUCCAACUUUUCCCCUUCCAUGAUCUUCACCGAAUACCAUGUCUCAGACUGUGUGCGCCCUGGCUUUUUUAAAGCUUCCCCCAUUGACCCAGGAUGAGUGAUUUCUUGCGUAGGAAGAGGAGGGUGUAUGGAAGCAGCAUAAAUCCAAGUGGUCAGAAACUGCGAACCAAUGCCAUGAGCAAAGAGGUGAGAGGUCACCCCACCCCCCAGCCCAGCCUAGCCUUGGGAACACCUCAGCCAUCCCCAGGGAGAGGAGACAAAGGACUGAUUCUUUUUCCACCCAGGCCGGCUCCUGUUCAGAUGACAAGCUCUUGCUCUUGCUGCCUGAGAUAUCGACUCCUCUCCCUCUCCCAGGCAUCAGACCAAGAAAAACAUGCUCACGGGAUUAGCCCACAGGCAUUUCUUCUGACCUGGCUAGGAAGAGAGGAAGGAGACCUGUUUGUUGGAGAAAUCAGGAACAAAGUGUCAGGUGGCUGUGAUUUAUGGCAGAGAUGGGAAGAAAGAAAAAAGUUGAAACAGCAUCACCACCCAAACCAUCCUGCCCUGGGAGGCAGAGGUCAGGAGGGCUUAUCAAAAGCCGGGAGCCCUUCCUGGUGGUACGUGCCUGUGAUCCCAGCACUCUGGAGCCUGAGGCAGGCGAAUCAAGAGUUGGAGGCCAGCCUGGGCCACAAGCAAGGUCCUAUAAAAUAAGAUAAAUAAAAGGUUUGUGCAGGGAAGAGUUUCUGAUUUCCUGUGUGGGAAAAAGGGGGGGGGGGCUAAAGAGCAGGCGGGGUGACCCGCUUGCCGUGGGGUUGGACUGGAUCCAGCUGUGUUCCUAGAGGUAGCUGGUAUGUGCUUACAGGGGCAAGCAGCAGACACCAAUUUACAAAAAAAAAAAAAAAGGAAACCUGCCUGGUCAUGGAGUUUCUCCCCUUCCAGCAAGAUCCCGGCAGCACAGCCCAUAACUAUGUACAAUUAUCCCAUGGCAAUUACAACAAGAUCCCUGUGCUGGUAAAGACCUGUCUGGUGUUCCAGUCAUAAAAUCUAUGUAAAGCCUGAGCCUCCCGCUCCCUCUCCCUCCUUGCCGACGACCAGCACCAGGGCUCCUCCUUCUGUGCCUCCUUCCCAGAGCAAAGGCAGCAUGUGCACAGCGAGGAUCAGCCACAGGGUAGAGAACCACAUCCUACUGAGCCUAUGGGGAGGGUGUGACUCUCAUGUAAGCAAAGCCCCAUGUGCCCCCUGGCUCCUGUUAGAUCUGUUCUGAGAUUGCUCAAAUACUGUUUACCAAGGACAGACCUUCACCUAGCCAUGCAGAGGGAAGCUGGCUGGGGGUCAUGUUAGACUGCCUCCCAGGAGAAAAGUGAGCGCAUCCGUGAUAGGUGCAAGUUUUCCUUCCCUCCGGAAGUGUAAUGAUUUUCAGUGCUGUUAAUGUCGGCUGGUUGUUAAGUGACAGCAGUAUGGUGGUAUGAGGUCAGUCUCCCUCCCGGAAGGGAAUCCAUGCCCAUGAUGUCUCCUUGUACAUUGGUUUUAUUGAUUAGGUUUUGACCAAUCCUGUUAACCGGCGUAUGUCUGCACAAACCCAUUUCAAAUAAACCUUUGGUUAAAGCAGAA